AUGCCAUGUUCUGACAGUGUGAAAGUGGCAGUGCGUGUAAGACCUUUUAGCCAGAGAGAAAAGAAUGCAGGGAGCAGAUGUGUGAUUUCUAUGAAUUCAAAUACCACAAGCAUACAUGAUCCCAAGAAUCCAAGUAAUAUGAAAACAUUUACGUUUGACCUGGCUUAUUGGUCUCAUAGUGGAUUUAUAAAGGACGCAGAUGGCAAGCUCAUGUCAGCUGACCCAAGCAGCAAAUAUGCAGGACAGAAAGAAGUUUUCUGUGACCUUGGCCAGGGAGUUUUAGACAGUGCUUGGCAAGGUUACAAUGCUACCCUCUUGGCUUACGGCCCAACUGGCUCAGGAAAGAGCUAUUCAAUGAUUGGAUGUGGUGCAAACAGAGGCAUAAUCCCAGUAGUCUGCGAAGAGCUCUUUAAAACAAUUCAGAACCAAGAAAAAAACAGGCAGUAUCAGGUUACUUUUAGUAUGCUGGAAAUUUAUAAUGAACAGGUAAUAGAUUUACUAUCUAAAGUCAAGAAACCAGGCGGACUCAAAUUAAGGGAAGAUCAGCAGCAAGGUUUCUAUGUGGAUGGGUUGAAACUGGUGCCUUGCGACAGUUAUGCACAAAUUGAGAGGUUGAUGGAACAGGGGACCAAAAUAAGAACUACUGCAUCCACCAGCAUGAAUGCCACCAGUAGUCGAUCUCACAUGGUCAUCACCAUCCAGUUCAAACAGAUUUUUCUAAAAGAAGAUAUCACCAAACAAUCCAUCAUAAAUAUGGUGGACUUGGCAGGAAGCGAGAGACAAAAAUCCUCUGGAUCAGAAGGAGACAGAUUGAGGGAAGGGUCACGUGUAAAUCUGAGUUUAACCACUUUAGGAAAUGUUAUCAGUGCUCUGGCUGAGGCUGCUAUAGGAAAGAAAGUAUUGCAUGUCCCAUACAGAGAUUCAGUUCUUACAAAACUCUUGCAGUCUGCUUUGGGAGGAAACAGCAGAACAAUUAUGAUUGCAGCUAUUAGUCCAGCGGACAUCUGUUAUGAAGAAACAUUAUCAACUUUGCGAUAUGCUGAGAGAACAAAAAAGAUAACGAACAAAGCAGUGAUAAAUGCAAGUCCAACUGAGAAACUAAUUAAGGAACUGAAAGCAGAAAAUUAUAAGCUAUCCUUUUUUGGCAAUUCAGGUUCUCAUGACCAUCUUCGCUGUUUGUUGGCUGAAAAUGAGCUGCGGAUUCAAGCCAUUCAAGCAACAUGGGAAUAUCGUCUGGAAGAAGCCCGGAAAGAAUGGGAACAGCAGUAUGCUGCGAUAACUCAGGAGGGACGGAUGAUGGAAACAUUGCCUUAUCUUGUGAACAUCAAUGAAGACCCUCAGCUUUCAGGCGUUCUGAAAUACAUCAUUCAGGAUGGUUCUUCUGAUAUUGGUCAGUCAUCCUCAAAUGCAAUAACCCUCAGAGGUUUGGGCAUUUUAGACAAGCAUGCAACAAUCACAAACUCUAAUGGCAAAGUUAAUAUAAAGCCUCAAGAUAAUUGUAAAGUAAUAGUUAAUGGGGUGGCCAUUGUUGUGAAAACUAAACUGCAGCAUCUGGACCGUAUAAUUUUGGGGUCAAAUAAUGCAUACCUGUACAUUGGCCCACCUUCAGAUCGUACCAACGAGGACUUAAGCAGAUAUGAUUAUGACUUUGUUCAGUCAGAGCUGGCAGCUGCAAAAGGCUUCAGUGUGGAUAAACUCGGGACCGGGAACAAGAAGGAUGGCAAACCAGAUCCAAGUGUCCUUGCUGUGUUCCAUGAUUACAUUAAAUUAAUGCCUUUGAUUUCUGAAGCAAACCAAAUGAGUGUAGAACUGAAGAAGGACCUGAAGUUGGAACUGAAGGUAAAAAACCUUGCAUCUUCUGACUCCAGAGGCUACGACUUACAAAAGGAGAUCAUAGUUAAAGUGACCCACAAUAUUACUAACCAGGUAUGGAUUUGGUCAAAAUCUAAGUUCAUCAAUAGAAAGUUUUUGAUGGAAGAACUUUACCAGCGUUUUUUAGAUGGAGAAGAUGUGCAGGUGGACAAUGAGAAUGAUCCAUUCUGGGAUCCUGUGGAAGUAAUUCAUUUAGGGUCUGCUCACAUAUGGCUUCAGUCACUUGCUUACUGCAUGAAGCUUGAAGAACAAAUAGAACUCCUUAAUUCUGAAGGGAAGGAGGAAGCUAUCUUACUUAUCAAUAUCAUUCCAUGUUCUCCAAAUGGCAGUGCCUUUGGAGAAGACGACAUGGUUAUUGACCCUUUGGAACUGCUGGGGAAAAGGCUAGACUUCCAGAUUCACAUUUUACAAUGCUUUGGAGUGAAGUGGAUUAGAGAAGUAGCACAAAGAGGGAUUCAGAUUGGAUACAAAGUUUAUGAUCUCCCAUGUUCAUUAUACACAAAACCUGCCUGGAAAAAUGUGAAUCCAAAGCUAGAAGAAUUAAUCCAGUUUUCAGUCAUGAAUACAUCCCAUGCCUUUUUGAAUUACUUGCAGAAAAAUGCUUUGAUUGUUGACUUGUGGGGUCUUCAAGAAGGGUGUGCAGAACUGGACUCCUCCCAACAAGACAUGGCUGUCACCCCCAAGGGCUCCAUUAUAAUUGAUAAUCCCAAAGCUGAGAUUCUGAACCAUGCUGGGCUAAACACAGAUAACCAUGUUGCUGAACUUUACCAAAAGCUUCUAAAGCUUGAGCAAGAGACUGAACUACUCAGAGAUAUUAACAGAGCUCUAAGGGAUGAAAAUGUACUUCUGAAGGAAAAAUUGAAAGAAUACGAAACGGAAACCCAAAGCAAGACACCAAAAUCACCCAUAAAAAAGCAAGCCACUAGAACAACUCUGUCUGCAUCAAAAGAUUCUCGUGCAGUAUGCAAUUCUCGGAUAAGCUGUGAUGCUGAAUUUGCAAAAGCCCUCAAAGCCUUCUACCAGAAUAUGAACGUAAUCAGAGGACAGUUCUUAAAACUGAAGCACUACAAACCCCCUGAAGAAGAUAAUGUACAGCUGCUGCGACAGUUUGCUGAGAAACAAUCACACAUGUUAAAGGAUUUUGGAGACCAGCUCGAGUCAAGUAUAAGUAAACUGAAAAAUGAUGUUGCUUUAAUAAUUAAAAAGAAACGAGAGAGACAAGCUAACAGCAAGCAAUGAAGUUGUAUUAGCAACUGUACUGUACCAAAUAAAACUGUGCUUUAUUAUAAGAUUUCAAAAAA